UCUGAAUCUCUGUUCUGUUCCUUCUCCCUCUGCCAGCGGCAAUCCUUGCUCUCCAUUCUUUUCUCUUUCUAUGAAAGAACCACCAGCCUCACGUCUCUGGAGGAAACCGACUACCACCACCUCCGCACCAUCAAGAAAGAUCAAGCUGAUUUGCAGCUUCAAUGGCGAAUUCCAAUUUAGGCCACCCUCCAACAAGCUUAAAUACAUUGGUGGCGAGUCUCGUAUCGUUUCCGUCGAUCGGAACAUAAGCUUUCUCAAGCUCCACAAUAGGAUGUCCGAUCUUUGCCCUAAACUACGCUCUUUCUCUCUCAAUUACCAGCUUUCCAUGUCCGGGUCAGAAUCUGGGUCCGGUCGGGUCCGCGACCCGGAAUCAAAUUCUGAAACGGAUGUUCCUUUGGUCUGGAUUGCCUCCGAAGAGGACGUUAGGUGCAUGAUCGAGGAGUUUGAUAAGCUGGAAUUGUACGGUAAGCACGCAAGGCUUUGGGUCUUUGUGAGUAGUAAUGACGGGAAUGAAUGUGAUGCUCGUGACGGUGAUAGUUGUGAGAGCUACAAUAACUGUAACAAUGGGUUUGUUAAGGGGAAUGGUGAUUUGUGUGUGAAUUAUAAAGGGAGUGAUGCUUUGAGAAGUGGAGCCAAGGUUUGUAAAUCACAGUUUUUUGACGAUAAGGUGCCCAAGAAUCCUGGGAAAGAUGUUGCUAGGUUCAGGUGCGGUGAUGAUUCAUUGAGGAAAAUGGUUUUGAGGCAGCAGUUACUAGCCAAACAAUCGGAGGGAAUUCGUAGCAUUCGGUGCGUUAAUAAUGGGAGUAAAAUGGAAUUUGUGUCUUGUGAAGAGGAUACUAAGCAAAAAUAUAAUCACCCCCUUAGGGAUUUAGCUCCUGAAACAAACGCCUCCAUGCAAAUAGGGAAUGCCCAUUUGCAUGGAAAUGAGAGUUUUGGUGGACUGGCUCAAUAUCCGGGUUCUGGCUCGCAUCCGUUGAACCCAAAGGAUGGAAAUUUGCAUGUGGAAACGAAUGGUUCCACGCAUUGUUUUUCAGGACAAAAUUUUCAGGUUUUCAGUCAUGGGACAGGGAUUUGUGCUGGGAAUUCGAAUCAUUUGUAUAAUUCGAGGGUGAAAACUAUAUGUGAUCUUAAUGAUGCGAAGCAGGAUUCAGGGAUCUUUGGGCAGGGGUCAUUGAGUCGUUUGAAUAGGGAAAAUAUUAUGCCAUGGGCGAUGGAUUGUGCUUCACGGACUUGCAACAGUCAGUUGGGUGGAAGUACCUAUCCUGUUAAAUAUCCCUUCUUUGGUCGUGGUUAUCAGAAUGGAGUCAGGGACCAUAGGUUUGUUGCUACUGAUGCCAGAAAUCAGCGGGUUUAUCCAUACCAGGUUCGGAGCCGUAGGAAUAACCUGGCUGAGAUGGGUACUAGAUUGGACGGCAGGCUUUCGGCAGUGAAAUGCUACCCUGGGCUAAGGCCAAAUUCAACCAUCUCAAAACAGGGAUUGUCUGCGAGAUUAUAUGGCUCAAAGCAGGGAGGAAGAACGAGCAUAAUCAAUUCAAGUUUAAAUAACGAUUGCUCCUGCUUUAGCUUAUCAAGAGAACAGAGUGGGUCUGCUGCUUCACUGUGUGGAGAUUCAAAUUCCAAAGAUUUUCAUUUAGCUUAUCAUGGAGCAGGUGAUUCUGUUGGCUAUCAAUCUCCCUUGUCUUGUAAUGCUGUUGAGGGGCCACCUUCAUGUCUGGAGAAAACUGGAAGUCAACAAGAUCUCUUGACUGGUUCCCUUUGUGAAACUAAUGAAUUUCCAUGUCAAAGCGUGCAUGAGAAUUACCAUUCAGUAGCCAUUAAUAAUGAGCAAUUCACGAUUGACCAGCAGAAGGCUGCUAUCAUCUCUUGCUCAUCAAACUAUCUGUGCUCUACCAAUGAAGCAGAAGUGGAAUACAAUAACAAGUUGAUGGAUACAGAAAGAGCAAUUAACUUGUCGAACAAUUCAAAGAAUGGAACUCCUUAUUUGGUAAGGGGAGUUGCAUCUUCAAUGGAUCUUUUGUAUAACUUGUCGUUGUCAUCAUCUGAAGGGGUGGACCCUCCUGCCUGUUCUUCUCUUGCCAGUAGUGCUGUUGGUGAUUCUUCCUUGAAGCCCAAACCAAAGCCUUUAGAUAGCAUGGAUGGACAGCUUAGCUCAGGACCUGAAGGUGACAAAUCAAAUGCAGUGGCGUCUAACUCCUCUACUUCUAAUGCUGUUAACAUGGAAAAGGAUCAGGUGCAUGAAGAAGAGAUUCAACGGGACCUGCCAUCCGGUUUAAGUGUUGAUGAAAAGGCUGAGAUUAAAGAAAGCAUUAAAUGCUCCAAGAUGAUUGGUGGAAUUUCUAGUGACUUGGCUGCAUUUUAUACUCAACUAGCUACUCAAGAGUUGCAGACUAUUAAAAGUUCAGACCUGGAGUAUAUUAAAGAACUUGGUUCAGGCACAUAUGGUACCGUCUACUAUGGAAAAUGGAAAGGAUCUGGUGUUGCUAUCAAGAGGAUAAAACCAAGUUGCUUCACUGAAGACUCAUUGGGGGACGAUCGACUGGUUGCAGACUUUUGGAAGGAAGCUCACAUUAUUGGUCAACUACACCAUCCAAACAUAGUGGCAUUUUAUGGUGUUGUAACUGAUGGACCUCUGAAUAACUUGGCAACAGUGACAGAGUACAUGGUGAAUGGCUCUCUGAAACAAGUUCUGCGGAGAAAGGAUAGAACAAUUGAUCGUCGGAAGAGGAUAAUAUUAGCAAUGGAUGCUGCGUUUGGGAUGGAAUAUCUACAUGAAAAGAACAUUGUCCAUUUUGACCUAAAAUCUCAUAAUUUCCUUGUGAAUAUGAGGGAUCCUCAGCGACCAGUAUGCAAGAUUGGCGAUCUAGGUUUAUCAAAAAUUAAACAGCGGACACUUGUCUCUGGUGGAUUACGAGGAACUAUACCUUGGAUGGCACCAGAACUGUUGAACAGUGACAAUAUGGUAACAGAGAAGAUUGAUGUGUACUCAUUUGGAAUUGUCAUGUGGGAGCUCCUAGCUGGCGAGGAACCUUAUGCAAACUUGCGUUCAGAAGAAAUAAUAGCUGGUAUAAUCAAGGGCACCCUCCGACCUGAGAUUCCAAGCUGGUGUGAUCCAGCUUGGAGAUCACUGAUGGAGAGAUGCUGGUCAUCUGAUCCCGAGUCUAGGCCAGCCUUCUCAGACAUUGUCAAGGAGCUACGAACAAUGUCAGCAAGCAUGAACAUUAAGUGACUAUAAUGAGGCUGGGUCGCAUGUUAAUCUUAGCAUGAUUUGCGUGUAAAUACUUUAGGACCAUCAACAACAUGGCAUGAUUUGAGACGUGCUUAGUUUUUACCGUCCACUGACAUGUCUGAUAUGACGAAACCCUUGUGUUAAGGGUUGUGGAGCCAGGUGCACUUCUUUUUUGCUGUCACUGGUAUGAUAUAUAGCUGAAUAUGGACAUAUCUUGAUGUUAGAGAAAUAAUUACCUUUAGUCUGGUUGAAUUUUGAAAACCUGCUAUCCAGGUAACAAGCAAGUCCUUGAAAAUGAGCUUGUAAUUCUUUUUAAUCAAAGACUUCCAAUGAUCAUGUUAUGUUUGUACAGAAAA